AUGCAGCACUACGGGGUGAACGGCUACUCGCUCCACGCCAUGAACUCACUGAGCGCCAUGUACAACCUCCACCAGCAGGCGGCGCAACAGGCCCAGCACGCCCCUGACUACAGGCCCUCAGUGCAUGCACUCACUCUUGCAGAGAGACUGGCUGACAUCAUCCUUGAGGCCCGGUAUGGCUCCCAGCACCGUAAGCAGCGGCGGAGUCGCACGGCCUUCACCGCUCAGCAACUAGAGGCCCUGGAGAAAACCUUCCAGAAGACCCACUAUCCUGAUGUGGUGAUGCGUGAGCGUCUGGCAAUGUGCACCAACCUGCCCGAGGCACGAGUGCAGGUCUGGUUCAAGAACCGUCGGGCCAAGUUUCGUAAGAAGCAGCGCAGCCUGCAGAAAGAGCAGCUCCAGAAACAGAAGGAGGCGUCAGGGGGAGCAGAUGGCUCUCCAGAGGACUCCAAGACUGACCUCGCUACCGCCAACACCACUACCACCACCACCCUGGCUCCUGAGGCCCGCACCCCUCCCCUCCCCUCCUCCUGUCACUCAGAGGAGAGGCCGGAGGCGGCACAGCCCCAGCCUGACGAGAUGAGCGUGGAAGUCAACGUCACCUCCCCUGAGCCAUCGGACAGCGAGUCAGCAGCGGAAGAUAAUGCUGACAGAGAAGAGGACGAAAUGAGGGGGGAGACGAGGGUGAAGACCAGGGAGGGAACGCAUGGGGAGAGAGGAGCGCAGCCAGGGAGCAGCUCCCCAUCCUGCAAACGACUCAGCCCUGCACCAGACUCUCCCCUGAGCUCCCCUGCCUUGCCGUCCUCCAGCAGUGCGAGUGGCGGUAUGGCUCCGGGCAACUCCUACGCCUCGUCCCCCCUCAGCCUCUUUCGGCUGCAGGAACAGUUUCGGCAGCACAUGGCCGCCACCAGCAACAUGGUGCACUACCCGUCCUUCGACAUGAGCACGCAGUCCUCUCUGCCCUACCUGGGCAUGAACGUCAACAUGCCGUCCCCGCUCGGCUCACUGCCCUGCCAGUCCUACUACCAGUCACUGUCACAGGCCCAGCAGGUGUGGAACAGCCCGCUGAUGCAGCCGGCGCCAGGCAGCCUCCCGGGAAGCAUCCCGGGAAGCCUCAACAGCAAGACGACGAGCAUUGAGAACCUCCGCAUGAGGGCUAAGCAGCACGCUGCCUCGCUGGGAUUGGACACACUCCCCAACUGA